GCGGCCGGGCCGCGGGCGCGCGGCUGGCGAUGCUCGGGCGGGCGCGAUGGCCCCCGCCAUGCAGCCUGCCGAGGUCCAGUUUGCUCAGCGACUGGCGUCCAGCGAGAAGGGCGUCCGCGACCGCGCGGUGAGGAAGCUGCGCCAGUACCUCAGCGUGAAGACGCAGAGCGAGACAGGAGGUUUCAGCCAAGAAGAACUCCUAAAAAUAUGGAAAGGACUCUUCUACUGCAUGUGGGUGCAGGAUGAACCCCUUCUGCAGGAGGAGCUAGCGAACACUAUUUCCCAACUCAUCCAUGUUGUUAACAGCUCAGAGGCUCAACACCUGUUCAUUCAGACCUUCUGGCAAACCAUAAAUCGAGAAUGGAAGGGAAUAGACAAGCUGCGCCUGGACAAAUACUACAUGCUGAUUCGCCUGGUCCUGAGACAGUCUUUUGAAGUUCUGAAACGGAGUGGCUGGGAGGAAAGCCAAAUCAAGGUUUUUCUAGAUGUUCUGAUGAAGGAGAUCUUGUGUCCUGAGAGCCGGUCUCCUGAUGGAGUGAAAUUCCAUUUCAUCGAUAUUUAUCUGGACGAACUAUCCAAAGUGGGAGGGAAAGAGCUUUUGGCGGAUCAGAACCUCAAGUUUAUUGACCCAUUCUGCAAAAUUGCUGCCAAGACCAAGGACCACACACUGGUACAGACUAUAGCUAGGGGUGUUUUUGAAGUCAUUGUAGAUCAGUCUCCUCUCAUACCUGAAGACACAGUGGAGGAGCAGAAAACCAAAGUGGGUGAUGGUGACCUCUCUGAAGAGGAGGCGUUUGAAAACGAGGCAGCUUGGAAAAAGGCAGUCGGCAGAAAGAAGACAGCAUUGAGCAAAUGCCACUCCAGGAGAGAGAGAGCCAGCGAUGAAAGAGGAAGAAAGGACUGUGGCACUUUGGAAGACACAGGGCUUCUUCUCCAGUUUGACUAUAAGGCUGUUGCGGACCGACUCUUGGAAAUAACCAACAAGAAAAACAUCCCUCCCUUCAACCGGAAGCGUCUCUGCAAACUAAUCAAAAAGUUCCAAGGCCUCUCUGAAGGUGGGAUCCCUCGACUCAGUUUUCCUGAGGACAUUUCUGCUGAGGAAGAUGAUCAAGCCCUCUGUCAAAGAAAACAUAAGAAAAAAAGACGAAACAAAGUCUUUCUUGCUGAGGAAGAGGACAGUGAAGGCAGCAUUCAGAAAAGAAAAAGGAAAAAAAAGAAGAGGAGCCACCCCCAGUCUGAGACUUGGGGCCUGAGGGACGCAGCCACACCCCCAGCACAGAGCGGGGGAGGGGAGCCUGCACCUGCACAGAGGCAGACCCCACAGGAGCGAGCAGCUGAACCCAGAGCAGAGGCCGAGUCCAGCACCAGGGAGAAGAGCAGCUCGGAGCGUCCCCCCUCUGUCCCCACGCACAGUAGGAGGAAGCGGCUGAAGAGAAAGAGCCUGGGGGCACAGGGAGAGAUCUGGGACCCCACAGAGCUGCCUCUGGAGGACAGGGCUCGAAGUGGCCCUGGCAGCGGCCAUCCCCAGGGACCUGCCACCCGAGGUUCCCCAACAGAUGGAGCCCAGGUCCUGAAAAGGAAGAGGAAGCUUGGAGCACUCCCUGUCAACGGCAGCGGCCAGGCCUCUCUGACCCAGUGCAGGAGGCCCCAGAAAAAGAAGGCAGAGCCCAGCAGCCUUGACCUCUAUAAUCUGUCCAGUCAGAAAACAACGAUUUUGAAGAAGAGGAAGAAGAUGAAAGAAAUGUCUAACUUGAUAGAACACAACGGAAUACUGGGAUCCAGAGUCAGGCAGAUCCAAGCUCUGGGAACCAGCAUUUCCCCUUUGAAGAAGCAGCCACUGAGGACAGAAAAGGACUUCGUGAAGUUUGACACCCUCUUCUUACCAAAACCCCUGUUCUUCAGAAGAGCCAAGAGCAGUGCUGCCACCCGCCCUGCAGAGCGAGCCAUCCAGCUGAACAGAACACCCAGCAGCACCAAAAAAGUCACCUUUGGGUUGAACAGAAACACCACUGCAGAGUUCAAGAAGACGGACAAGAGUAUCCUGGUCAGCCCCACAGGCCCCUCCCGAGUGGCCUUCAACCCUGAGCAGAAGCCCCUCCAUGGAGUGCUGAAGACCCCCACCAGCUCUCCUGCCAGCACUCCCCUGGCAACCAAGAAGCCACUGGCCACAGCUCCAAAGAGAAGGCCAACAGCUAUGGACUUCUUCUGAGAGCAGAGUCCCUUCUAAAGACUGCUUUUGUACAGAAUAGUCUAUAAAUUAUAUCUUUGAAAAUAUGGACUUUUUUAUCGUUUUAUAAAUCCCAUACGUCCUGUCAUGUGUCCUGGUCCUGGGGUGAGCCGCAGCUUGCCCAUGGCUCAUGCAGAGGCUGGGCCCUUGGUUAGGCGUUUGCUGCUUGCCUCUCCAGCUCUCAGAAUCCGCUCUGCCCUCGGGGGCUGCCUCCACAUAGGAACCACAACCACGUGUCCCUCCCUCUCCCACAGGAAGCACUCUUGGCGCCCGUGGCCAGCCUGCGUUUCUCAGAACCUUGGUGCCUGUCACCGUCCACUAUGCCAGGUUACUUUUGGUUACUUUCAUUCUCGCUGUUUCCUUUGAAAAGCAUGUGGACUUCAUUCCCAUGUCCUGUGGGCAUCUGGCAGCCUGAUAGGGAUGAUUCUCCAAACCAAGUCAGCAACACCAGGGCUCUUCUUCCUGUGAUCAGCAGAGGUGUGACCCAGCGGGUAGAGUUCUCUGCCCUCAGGGCAGCCUGCCUGGUCCACUGGCUUCCUACCUCGACAGCAAGCCCCACGUGUCUUCUAGAGAGGGCCAGCUCCUCAGCUCCCUUCCAGAACCCCAACCGCACUGAGCCCCUCUGUGAAGGUUGCAGACCCACUCUUCCCAGGACCUGUGUGACCCUGCGCCCAGAGCCCGCUGCCACCUUAGGUUGACCGUCCCUGGAGGCACAGGCAGUGUCUGGAGCCCAAGCCUCUGCAGAGGCGGGACGCAGGCCACCAGGAAGCCCUGAGCAUGUGCCUGCUCUUUGCUGCCUGCUUUUAGACAGGGCUCUGGCUUACAGGCCUCAUAAAGGUCUCCUAAGAGGGCAGUUCCAGAUCCAGCACUGGAAGGCAUUCGGUUGAGUUGCUGCAUGAUCUUCAGGAAUCCACCACGAGCCCGAGAGAUGGAGGACAGUGGCCUCUUGGAAAUGAACCUUCUGAGGCCCGGCUUUCCCCAUGGUUUAUGCACUCCUAAGUCCUGGAUGAAAGGCAGGGUGUGGGUGGGUGAGCUGCCCGCCAACCUGCUCUCUGCCCUGGGGACCUCAGAUGACCCCCUGCCCCUCUCCCCACCUGCUGCAGUAGCCCCCAUUUUUCACCACGACCCUGGCCAGUCCUCUUCGCCACUGUGGCUCCUCGACAGGAUCCCCAGCUGCUUUGGUGGGCCUGGCUGUGGCUUGGAGCAGCAGGGAGGCCCCUGGGUUCCAGAACUGGUCUGAUGUGUGUGUUCACUUUCAAAAUCAGGGUGUGACUUCGCCUGUGAAUCAGAUAGGUUGACCUCGACUGCCUGUCCCUUUGUCCUGUGUCACUUGCUGAACUAGGAGGUGCUUGGGAGUCCUCUGGAUGAUUGAGCAGCCCUGGGACAGUACACAGGUGUCCACUGCCAUGUCUGGAACGUCUGCUUCUCGGGCCUGGGCUUGGGAGGUGCUGCCCAGGAGAGUGGCUGCCUCAGGGAUGUUGAGGGCACGGCUGGGCCAGCGCCUGCCGCCUGCCCCCUGCCCCAGGCAGAGAGCCUGUUCUAGA